AUGAGUAAUCUAUACACCACGGAUUAUCCUCCUUCGUAUGGUAAAAGAUCUCAAUCAUUUUCCCAAAUAUCACGAUUACAACAAAUGUCAUCAUCUUCAUCAGGACCAUUACAGGGAAGCACAACAACUGCUACUACAACAGCAAAUGCUCUUCCUUACGGGUCAACAACCACGAACCCAGCUGCUGCGGCGGCAGCGGCCAUGGCAGCAACGUCACAAACAACACCAGCGUUAACCAAUACACCACUGAGUAAAUUCAAAAAGACGUCAAUGUCCGAUUCUCCAAUUCCGAAAAUUGAGAUUGACAAGAAAGGAAAAGGGGGUGCUGGUGCUGGAAGUAGUGGUAAUGGCAAUGGUAGUAUUGGAGAUGAAUAUUCCCAUUCAUCUUUGAAUUCAGCAACCAGUGAGGUUAUACAGAACAAUUUGCCACCACGACGAAUCUGGGUUAAGAAAUCAAAUGGUAAUCCAACCACGAUUUUUUCAUAUGUUAAUGAUAUUGUGGACGAUUUGAAAUCGGCAGUUAUUAAUAAAUAUCCAAAUAGUAUCGGGAGAUUUGACGAUGCAGCCGAUUUGGUAAUCAAAGUUGAUUUAAGCAAUUUAAGAGCUCCUGUAUCUCCAAGCAUGAAUAGAGUUAGUAACAAUAGUAGUCGUACUUAUGAGAACUAUUUGAUUUUAGAACCGGACCAGAAUGUUUGGCAGCUAUUGGAUCAUUAUUUUCCUCAUGGAAUGUGUAUGACUGAAGCUUUGAUUAUUGAAACUCCAACUUUCACACUAGAUAAUCAAGUACAACCUCCGACACCAUUGUCUGCUACACAUAACCUUAAUAAUGUUAACGGUGUAGGACUAGGUGGUGAACGACAUUUGAGUAUGGUAGGGUACAAUUAUAAUUUAAAUCGAGCACAAGGAGUUAAGCAUCCGCAGCCAAUGCAGCCAAGUAAUUCUAGAAUGGCAAAUUAUAAAGUAUAUCCAAUGACAAGAGGUGCACAUCUGGGUAAUAAUCUAAAUAAAGAUAGAUCGGUUUCUCCAUCGGCUUUGGUAUCAAGAAAUUCUCCUGUUUCUCACAAGAGAUCGUAUUCCAAUCCAGUCUAUUCUCCAGUUUCUAAUGUAAUACAAGGUCAGCAGCAGUCUUUCCAACAGCAAGGUCAAGGACAAGGACCACAACAACAACAACAGCAACAAGGUAAUAAUCCGCUGGCUGUAUUAUUACUUCCUAGAAAUUUUUCAUUGGCUAACAAUAAUAACAGUAAUCACAGAAGUAGGUUAUCUGAUGAUGGUAUGGCAGAAACUAUUAAUGAGAAUAAUACACCAGAUGAAGAUGAUGACGGUAAACCAGAAACUAAUUUCACAGAAAAGGACGAGCGUGGUGCUGACGAAGCAGGCGAAGCCUUUGAGGAAGAACAAUCACAACAGCAACAACAACAACAACAACAACAACGAGAUACUUCUGCCAAACCAAAAUCAAAACACAAGCCUGCUCCAUUACCGUUGACAAAACUCAGCAAUAGCAAUACCAAUGGAUCUACAAGUGCUGCUGGUACUCCAAAAUCAAGUGAUUCUACGACUGAUAAAGUGUUGCCAUCAAUUUCAGUAUUGGUGGUUGAAGAUAAUGCGAUCAAUCAAGCCAUUUUGGGGGCAUUUUUAAGAAAAAGAAAAAUCCAUUAUAAGAUUGCAAAAAAUGGGCAAGAGGCUAUUGAUAAAUGGAAAGAAGGAGGUUUUCAUUUAGUGUUGAUGGAUAUCCAAUUACCAGUUAAAUCAGGGAUUGAAGCCACUAAAGAGAUUCGUAAUUUGGAGAAGUUAAACAAGAUUGGUGUGUUUGACAAAAAUGAAUUGAAUACUACUAAAGAAAUUGAAGACAAGGAUAAAUUAGACAGUAAAGUGUUUCGAUCGCCUGUUAUUAUUGUUGCGUUGACAGCCAGUUCUAAUAGUUCUAUAGACAAGAAGAAUGCCUUGACUGCCGGUUGUAAUGAUUAUUUGACCAAGCCGGUGAACUUGGUAUGGCUACAAAAUAAAAUCACAGAAUGGGGUUGUAUGCAAGCUUUGAUUGAUUUCGAUGGUUGGAAAGACAAGAAUAGGAGAUUGAACAAGACAUGA